AUGCGCAUUGAGAUUGCUCUCGAUCCGACCAUCAGUCCCCAAAAGUUGGUGGUAACAAAGGCCCAGAUCUUCUCGGAACUGGAACAUGUGCGAGAAAGCUGUGAGUACUCGAUCAGUCUCAUCUGGACCCUUAGGAUGUUCGAAGCUGUCAUCGCGCGCACGCAUCUAAGCCCUACGGGCACGUCACCCACCGAGCCUUCGGAAGGAGAUGAGAAUUCGACAUCAAUAAAUGCUCCAGCCAGUAACCCCAAUGGCCAGUACCGACCGGCUGCGUGCUCUAGCAAUAGGUUAUUUGAGGAGGAUGACGAGGUCGAUUUCAAUUUACCCUUGACCGACGACGUGUUUGGCAUCUUACCGGUUACCGAGAACUACGAUUGGCUAGAGAACCUCUUUGGUCGGGGCAGUAAUGAUAUUACCGACCCGUUAGGGGCCGUCUAA